CAUGGCGAACGAAGCAGAUCAUCACGUAAAGGGGAUUUUGAAACAUGUUGAUCGAAGUGGUAGUCGUGAAUCGUAUGUUGUUUUCUACUAGCCUAGUAGCUGAUAGAGAAAAUGGUGAUAAAACUAAAGGUGGCGCAAAAUGGGACGAGAUGAACAUAAUUGCAACAUACCAUCCAGCUGACAAGGAUUAUGGACACAUGAAGAUUGAUGAGCCAAAAACCCCAUACAGCUAUGGCAGUGAUGAUGAAAAAGACAACACAACUGAUGAGCAUGUUCAUCCAGAUGACUUGGCUAACAGAUUAACAGAUACGUUAGAAGACCCUUCGGUGAGACAACCCAUAACAGCUUCAGAUGAUGGCAAUCACCAGUGUCUCCAGACAUCAGAAGAUAUUGAACAACACAGCAAAUUCGAACAGAAGCGAAAAGCUCAUUACAAUGAAUUUGCGAAAGUAAAGAUGGCGAGAAAACUCAUGGAGCAAGAAGAUGAUGAAGAAGAGACGGACAAGCCGAGCCCAACAGAAACGAAAGAUGACGAAAAUGCAAAAAGUGCCGACAUUCAACCAACAACACAAGAAUUGGGUGACACUAACGAGUGAAUGCAAGACAGGAUGGACACGGACCCUAACAAUCUUUCAAAGUAUACUCACAUAUUACAUAUACACAUAUUUUCAUAAUCCUUUUCAGGUUGGUGGAAGCAAUGGAAUGUAAUAGGCAUAACUUUGCAGUCUCGUGCAUGAGAAUAUUCUCCAGAUUCACCGAUUUUCAGAAUUUUUGUUGUAAAAUUCAACAUUCUUGAGAUCGAGGCCAAUCCGUUGAGCUGUGUGGGGGAGUAUAUUUAUAGAUCUCCAACUGUUAUUUGCAUCAAUAGAUUUUGUUACUAUCUGAAAAUUAUGAUCAUGUUCACACGUACAUAGACAGUGUAUUUGAUAGUAUUUUCACCUGUGUGUGGUGCACAGCUCAAAAUAGUCUGCACUGCUAUCUCGCUGUGCAGGUAGUUUGUGUGUCAUACAAGUGAUUUUACCUCAGGUGGAUGGUUUAUGGAGCAUUCUAUGUAGAUAUCAGUUUCACUGACUAUCAAAAGGCCUUUUCCAAUAUAUCAAACGUAUCAAUUUAAAGCAAUGGAGUACAAUACAUUUGCUACAAUUUUCAAUGUGUGUACUAUCAUAAAUUAUAGUACGCAUGACUAAAAUUCUUGUUCAUUUGAUUGUUCAUCUAAUUUUCAAAAUUUUCUCAAACUCCUAUGGAUUUUGCAAGGGGCUUUGUCCCUUUGACAUUCCUCCCACCCAAGGAUGAGGCUUUGAUUUGGACUUCCAAGAGACUGCUGUAGCUCAUGGGUGAAGUCAAGAAAUCUUAGAAUUUCUUAUUUUCAUGGCUGCUGUCUGUAAUAGGUAUAAUUCGAUUAGGAAGGUUUAUUACAUGAUGCUACCAUCUUAAACAUAAGGUGUUCUGGUUUGCAUUCCUUAAAACCCUUGGGGGGGAUCAGUAACCAUUGACCAAUAUGAUCUUGACCAGUCAGGUAGUGUAUGCUGCGUGAUAAACCAGGGCAUUUUAACAUAUAAGUGCAGUUUCUAUUUGACGUGUUCCUAACGAUUAUCAUAUGUAAAAGUGACCAGUAAUACAUCUAACUAUUAUAUGGCGUAGCAUGUGAAGUAUAGAGAGAAGAACACCCUCACCUUCAACAUAUCAUAUGUGGCAGACAUAUAACCAGCAGGUAUUGCUAGCCAACCACAUCAUAAUUCCUCCUUCAGGGUAUCCAGACAGAAUUCCAAAGGUGGUCCAGGAUGUAGACAAAGUGUUUUCUUAUUUCUUGCAGAUGAAUGUAGAUGAUGAGAUUAGUCACAUACAGUUGAAGCCCAUGUUCCCAGCCAGCAUGAUUUUGACAGGCCCGUCAAAUUAUAGCAAACAAGAAAUUGAUAACUAGUUUGAAAAACUUCUGCUAACCAUCUCUCCUGCUCCGCAGUGUUUCUUAGCUUGGAAGUUCACCACCCUGUCAGCACUCAAUUUGUGUGAAUUGUCCCACGGUUACUAUAGCCAAUUUUGAAAUGAGUAUUCUUAGUCUUUCACACUGAAUGAGAUAUUACACAUUUUACAUUUGUGUCGUACAUGGCUACAAGACACAAAGUAUUUAAAAGUUUUGUGGUUGUCGAAGGUCAUACCUUAUCAUUCGAAAUCUUUACUGCAACGGGGAUGGUAAAAUAGUUUGUAGUUUUAUUACUGCAUGAACUUUUAUAAGUUUUACAUUUUUAAUUAUUUCAAUUUUACGUUCAUUUUAUGAACCGAGAAUGUAGACUAGACAUGUGUAGGAAUUAUCCUCUUAAUAUAGUUUAGUAUCAAGUGCAUUUAUAUUAGAACUAUUCAUCCACACAUGUAUGUAAUGUGACAUGCAUAUUGUGAGAUCGUUUUCAUGUCUCGUAAGCAGGAUUUGCUUAUUGUGUAAUUUAUAUUAAUGUUUCUUUUAUAAUGAAAGUGUAACCAGCUGAUUUAUAAAAAAAUUACUUGUGAGGAAGAUAACAAAUUCCCACUUGACGUGUUGUGCACAAUAGCGUUGCAAGCAUAAUAUCAUUUCCCUUUUUCCACUAUGUACUACGUUUUAGACCACCUCGAUUACUUUUACUUAUCAGGUUAUAACGUGGCAAACUCAUUUAUAUUUUUACGAACUUUAAUUUUGUUAGCAAGUAGUGGGGUAAACUGCAAUUGCUGAUGUAUUUUGCUAUAAGUUAUUCUAGCUGAUGUAGAAUUUUUUCAUAUUUCAAAUUUGUCAAUUCUCUCAAUUACAGUUCAGAAAGCAUGAACUUUGACAUAUCAAUUACAAUUCCAUUUUAAAUGUUAUCUUAGUAUUAGUAGUAAAUUUAUAGGUGACAUAAAUUGUAUUGCAAACAGUAGCCACACAGCACGCUUGCUUGGUUAGGUAUAUUUAUUAGUGUUCUUGGUUGCUAUAUCAUUUAUGUGUACUGUCACUAUGUUUGGCCUAUCUAUCUCACGUGGUAGAAUAAAAAUUUAAAAAAUA